UUAAUUUAACCAAGUACAUUUCCGCAAAGUCGGAUUCCUUAUUUAUAAAUGGAAUAUUUUUGUACGUUUGCCACCAGCUGCUUAUAAUGAUCUGCUUUCAAGUCAUCAUGAUCAGCAUAUAAUGUUAACAUUCCACCAACUCACUUUUUUUUUAAUUUCCUGAGGGACAAAUUAAGAAAUUUCAAUUCAAAAAAAAUUUUUUUUGAAGAUAAAUAUCGAAAAAUAUCGACCUCUUCAACCUAGUAUCGAUUCCAUCCCAUAUUUUUCUUUAGUUUUCAUAUCAUACUCUAAUGACGGGAGUACAGUCACUUAAUUUAAGCAAGUACAUUUCCGCAAAGUCGGAUUCCUUAUUUAUAAAUGGAAUAUUUUCGUACGUUUGCCACCAGCUGCUUAUAAUGAUCUGCUUUCAAGUCAUCAUGAUCAGCAUAUAAGGUUAACAUUCCACCAACUCACUUUUUUUUUAAUUUCUUGAGGGACAAAUAAAGUCAUUUCAAUUUAAAAAAUUUUUUUUUAAAGAUAAAUAUCGAAAAAUAUCGACCUCUUCAACCUAGUAUCGAUCCCAUCCCAUAUUUUUCUUUAGUUUUCAUAUCAUACUUUAAUGACGGGAGUACAGUCACUUAAUUUAAGCAAGUACAUUUCCGCAAAGUCGGAUUCCUUAUUUAUAAAUGGAAUAUUUUCGUACGUUUGCCACCAGCUGCUUAUAAUGAUCUGCUUUCAAGUCAUCAUGAUCAGCAUAUAAGGUUAACAUUCCACCAACUCACUUUUUUUUUAAUUUCCUGAGGGACAAAUUAAGAAAUUUCAAUUAAAAUUUUUUUUUUUAAAAAAGAUAAAUAUCGAAAAAUAUCGACCUCUUCAACCUAGUAUCGAUCCUAUUCCAUAUUUUUCUUUAGUUUUCAUAUCAUACUUUAAUGACGGGAGUACAGUCAAUUAAUUUAACCAAGUACAUUUCCGCAAAGUCGGAUUCCUUAUUUAUAAAUGGAAUAUUUUUGUACGUUUGCCACCAGCUGCUUAUAAUGAUCUGCUUUCAAGUCAUCGUGAUCAGCAUAUAAGGUUAACAUUCCACCAACUCACUUUUUUUUUAAUUUCCUGAGGGACAAAUUAAGAAAUUUCAAUUAAAAAAAAAAUUUUUUUGAAGAUAAAUAUCAAAAAAUAUCAACCUCUUCAACCUAGUAUCGAUCCCAUCCCAUAUUUUUCUUUAGUUUUCAUAUCAUACUCUAAUGACAGGAGUACAGUCAGUUAAUUUAACCAAGUACAUUUCCGCAAAGUCGGAUUCCUUAUUUAUAAAUGGAAUAUUUUCGUACGUUUGCCACCAGCUGCUUAUAAUGAUCUGCUUUCAAGUCAUCAUGAUCAGCAUAUAAGGUUAACAUUCCACCAACUCACUUUUUUUUUUAUUUCCUGAGGGACAAAUUAAGAAAUUUCAAUUAAAAAAAAAUUUUUUUUGAAGAUAAAUAUCGAAAAAUAUCGACCUCUUCAACCUAGUAUCGAUCCCAUCCCAUAUUUUUCUUUAGUUUUCAUAUCAUACUUUAAUGACGGGAGUACAGUCAGUUAAUUUAAGCAAGUACAUUUCCGCAAAGUCGGAUUCCUUAUUUAUAAAUGGAAUAUUUUCGUACAUUUGCCACCAGCUGCUUAUAAUGAUCUGCUUUCAAGUCAUCAUGAUCAGCAUAUAAGGUUAACAUUCCACCAACUCACUUUUUUUUAAUUUCUUGAGGGACAAAUUAAGAAAUUUCAAUUAAAUUUUUUUUUUUUGAAGAUAAAUAUCGAAAAAUAUCGACCUCUUCAACCUAGUAUCGAUCCCAUCCCAUAUUUUUCUUUUGUUUUCAUAUCAUACUUUAAUGACGGGAGUACAGUCAGUUAAUUUAAGCAAGUACAUUUCCGGAAAGUCGGAUUCCUUAUUCAUAAAUUGAAUAUUUUUGUACGUUUGCCACCAGCUGCUUAUAAUGAUCUGCUUUGUUGUUUCCAAGAAAUUCAUGAAAUUUGUCUUUUUUUUUACAUCAAACCUCAGAAAUAGUUGCUUGUACACACACUGUACCUUCUGAUAAACUACAAUAUUUGCAUUAUUUUGCAUACAAUUACUACUUUGAUCCAAUACUGCAUCUUGGAAAAUACAGCCAAUGUACACUUUGUCUUUAUUAGUAACCUAAACCAAGAAAAACUACCACUACUUUUGUACUUUUGGAAGUAUUUUACUUGUAAACUAGUAUCAUUCAACAAAUAUUAAUGCGCUUCAUAUCUACUUUUUGGACACAGCCAAUACCGUAGGAAAUGUACUUGGAUUAAAAUAGUAUUACUCCAUAUACUCCAUGGUAUUGCUAAUGUUAAUAUUCUACUCUUGUAUAUUUUGUACCCAUUUGUUCAAGGUUACCCACAUGUUUUGUUAUCUCGGUGGUAUCGCUGAACACAUGUCACAUUCCGGUAUCAGUAUCGUGGUUAUCAGGACGUUCCGUAUUGAGUAAUCGUGUCAUAAUGUUGCACAUUUCCUCCAAUGACUCGGCUUGUGUUCUCCUCUUCAAAUACGCUCACCCACCGCAGUCGAUAACAUCCUGGUUUUAUGGUUUGAUGGUAUUUAUUCUUCUCUAACCAGCCCAAUAAUCUCGGCAAUGUUUGCCUUGCACAGUUGGUUCCCCUCUCCUUGGUUCGGCAUAUAAGGUUAACAUUCCACCAACUCACUUGUUUUUUUAAUUUCCUGAGGGACAAAAAAAGUCAUUUCAAUAAAAAAAAAAAUUAAAAUUAAAAAUAUUUUUUUUUAAAUUAACAAAAAAAAAAGGAAAAAUAUCGAAAAAUAUCGACCUCUUCAACCUAGUAUCAAUCCAAUCCAGACACUACCCUCUAUAUCGACAGCAUCACUUUUUUUAUUUCCUGAGGGACAAAAAAAGUCAUUUCAAUAAAAAAAAAGUAAAAAUUAGAAAUAUAUAUUUUUAAAAAUAUCGAAAAAUAUCGACCUUUUCAACCUAGUAUCGAUCAAAUCCAGACACUACCCUCUAUAUCGACAGCAUCACUUUUUUUUUUUUUAUAAAUUUCCUGAGGGACAAAAAAGUCAUUUCAAUAAAAAAAAGAAAAAUUAAAAAUAUUUUUUUUAAAAAAAGGGGAAAAUAUCGAAAAAUAUCGACCUCUUCAACCUAGUAUCGAUCCAAUCCAGACACUACCCUCUAUAUCGACAGCAUCACUUUUUUUUAAUUUCCUGUGGGACAAAAAAAGUCAUUUCAAUUAAAAAAUAAAAAUAAAAAUAAAUAAAUUUAAAAAAGGAAAAAUAUAGAAAAAUAGUAUCGAUCCAAUCCAGACACUACCCUCUAUAUCGACAGCAUCACUUUUUUUUAAUUUCCUGAGGGACAAAAAAAGUCAUUUCAAUUAAAAAAAAAAUAUAUAUAUAUUUUUAAAAAAAUUAUAAAAAAUAAUAAAUAAAGGAAAAAUAUAGAAAAAUAUCGACCUCUUCAACCUCGUAUCGAUCCAAUCCAGACACUAUCCUCUAUAUCGACAGCAUCACUUUUUUUUUAAUUUCCUGAGGGACAAAAAAGUCAUUUCAAUAAAAAAAAAAUUUUAAUAUAAAAAAAUUUAAAUUAAAAUAAAAAAAAAGAAAAACAUCGAAAAAUAUCGACCUCUUCAACCUAGUAUCUAUCCAAUCCAGACACUACCCUCUAUAUCGACAGCAUCACUUUUUAAAAAAUUUCCUGAGGGACAAAAAAGGUUUAAAAAAAAAUUCAAUUUUUUUUUUAAUUUAAAAAAAAGGGAAAAUAUCGAAAAAUAUCGACCCAAUCCAGACACUACCCUCCAUAUCGACAGCAUCGAUAUCUGACACGAUCCGCCCGCCCCCUACACAGUACAGUACAUUGCCGUCAGUGUCCAUCAUGUUGCUGGCACACACAGACGGCAAGGGGCUGCUUUCGUCCGUCACAAAAGUUUCGAGGAUGAGACCCAUCAGAGUCCGAGGCGGCUUGCUGCUUGCAUGUUUGAGUCUGCUGGCCGUCCAUCUCUUUAAAAACGUCAUGGACCAAAAGACCAUUCAAGACAACAUGGGAGAGCAUCAUCAUCAUCAAACACCUCCUCCGACCGCCAACCACCACGCCUUCAUGUGGCCGAGUUGUCAAAGAAACACAUCUGUUGACAACAUCUCAGGCUUCAGCUCACUUCCUGUUGCGAUAAAAGACUUUCUGUACUAUCGGCAUUGUCGCCACUUCCCCAUGAUAUUGGAUCUCCCUCAAAAAUGCGGCGGAGUCGAUCGAUCAGAAGAUGUUUUCCUACUCCUGGUCAUAAAAAGCUCCCCUGCGAACUACGAGCGUCGAGAGGUUCUCCGUAAGACCUGGGCUAAAGAGAGAUUGCACAACGGCGUCUGGAUCCGAAGGGUUUUUGUCGCCGGGACGACGAAUGAAGGCUUUGAAAAGACAAGGUUGAACAAACUCCUGGAAGCAGAGCAACAGGAGCACGAGGACAUCCUGCAGUGGGACUUUGCCGACUCGUUCUACAACCUCACCUUGAAGCAAGUUCUCUUCCUGGAGUGGAUGCACAAAAACUGUCCGAAGGCUCGUUUCAUUUUAAACGGCGACGACGACGUUUUUGCUCACACGGACAACAUGGUGGAGUAUCUCCACAGCCUUAAAGGCAACAACGGAAGCAAACAUCUCUUCACCGGGCAUCUGAUCCAAAACGUGGGGCCGAUUAGAUCGCCCGGGAGUAAGUACUACAUCCCCGUUCAGGUGCAGGAGUCGGACUCGUAUCCUCCCUACUGUGGUGGCGGCGGCUUCCUGCUUUCCGGCUACACAGCUUUAGUCAUAUACAAGAUGUCCCGAUCUGUUCCCGUUCUUCCCAUCGAUGAUGUUUACAUGGGGAUGUGUCUGGCCUCGGCCGGACUUGCACCGAGCUCCCAUAUGGGGGUGAAGACAGCCGGACUGUACAUCCCGUCCAGAAACAUAGACGGAUAUGAUCCGUGCUUUUAUAGGGACGUUCUCCUGGUCCACAGGUUUCUCCCAGCUCAGAUGUAUCUCAUGUGGAACCGGAUACAUGGACCCGCUUUGAAAUGUGGAUCCUAAGUCAACUUGGAGAUAGUUACUUACUGGCUAUGAACUUGAACUGAGAUUUGGACUAAAGACCGUGGACUACAUGGACUGUUUUUGUAGAUAUGGACGUUUUUAUGUUGACAAGCAGCUGUCAAUGGAACCAAUCAGGUCAACUUCUUCUUCUCAUGAUGAAUUAGUACACUCGGGCUUGGUGACUGCUGAGGUGGACUAAAGACUACAUCAUCAUUUGGGCGCCCCCAUAACUCCCGCACCUCUCCUUGCCCUCAUCCCCUGCUUGUGUGUGGUCCGGGUCUCGGUGGUGUCAUGCAAUUUGAAAAUUGGACCGGCACGGUGGACUAGUAGUUAGCGCUCACACCUCACAGCUCGGAGACCAGCGUUCAAUUCCACCCUCGGCCAUCUCUGUGUGGAGUUUACAUGUUCUCACCGUGCAUGCGUGGACUCCGGUUUCCUCCCACA